AUGGGAAAUGAUAAUGAAAAAGAGGAGGAAGAGGGAGAAGAUCCAGAAGACAAAGGCAAACUCAAUCCAAAUGCCGGAAAUGGUUGUGACUUGGAAAAUUAUCAAUGGACCCAGACGCUCAGUGAAAUCGAAGUUCGUAUUCCGUUUAAAGUUGGUUUCGCUCUCAAAGCUAAAGACGUGUUGGUGGAAUUCGGAAAAGAAAAAUUAAAAGUCGCACUUAAGGUUGAAUAA